UUCACACUCGGAUUUACAAAGCUGAAACAUCCAGGGAGUCCUUAUAAGCGGAACACAUGGCUGAAGGUGGCCAGCAAAACCAACAGCAUCAGCAAAAUGUAUAUCAUAUUAAUAUUGCUCUGAACGCUCUGCAGAAUCAAAGGGACAUAGAACAAACAAGGACAACUGAGAUUGCUGCAGGGGAGAUUGGACAGAUAAAUAUUCCACAUGCAGCUGAACAACAGAAUGUCGGACAACAACAGGCAGCUGACAACGUUCAACCAGAUAAUAUCGCUGAAGGUGUCGAUGCUUUGAAUUUGUCACCAAAAAAUACCAAGGCUUCUCAAAGUGGAGCAAUUGAAAAGAAAGGCGAUCCCAAAAAGUGGAAUGAUCAAACGAAGACGGUUAGAGAACCAACUCAGCCUAACCAUCCGCCACCUCGUACUCAAAUUAUCAACCCUCAACCAAAUCAAACUGCAGCCGUUCCAGGUGAUACGACUGCACAGAGUGUAAUUAAUGCUCCGAAGAUUUCGAUGCUGCGAAAAAAAUCUUCCAAAUUAUUCGACAAGUCUAAAUAUAAAGAAGCAGUCUCGAUCUUAGAAGAACUGGCAACCAUACAAAACCAUCAGGAUUUCUAUACAAUACUUAUGAUGGUCGAUUGUUUUAUACAACUUGGCAGAGAGAAGAGAGCAGAAAAAUCUAUCGGGAACCUACGAAAUAUCUUGAUGACGUCAUCAGUGACCAGUGCCGAUGACGUCAAAACCCUCGCGAUCGAUUUGAUUUCGAAUUCCGCUUACAUUCGCGCUAUAAUAUUGCUUCGAAUAGCAAGUGAUAUCUACAGAGCUCGCACAAUAUCCCCCGAUGAUGUAAUGAAUGGGAUUCAACUUUGUGCCCGUAAGACAUAUGAUGCCACUGAGCCAUUGAUAAAAGCCGGUGGUCGAUCCAAAAUUAUAGGAGUGGAUUACGGCAUAGAAUACAUGACAGAAAUGCUGGAUGAUAUUCGCGCAAUAGAAAACGCUGAUCCAGUGAAUAAAGCAAUACAAGAGGCUUGGUGCUUGGUUUACAUUGGACAUAACUAUUUACUGGCAGAUGAAGCAGAGAAAAGUAUAAAAAUAUAUAUGAAUGGACUGGAGGUUUUGGAGAAACAGUUCGGGUCAAUCGAUUCAAAAUAUAAAAUCUACGGUGUAUUGCUGCAUAAUAUCGGUAUAGGGUAUUAUAAUCUUCAUCAAUAUUCAGAAGCCGAAUCUUAUUAUAGUAAAGCCAUUGAUGCUGGUGAAAAGGCUUCAGAUUAUGGGAAUGAAACUGAAAAACAGGAAUGGAUUGAAUUGUCAAAUACUUGGCUGAAGAACACUCGCGCACAAUUAACCUGAUAUCCGCAUCGCAUAUUCGC